AAAGAAAUGAACUUUAUCUCUUUCUUUUUUUUUCUUUUUCCAUUGAACCUCUCUCUGUUUUCCUUCCUAUAUAUAGUGUUUAUAUAAUAACUCAUUCAAGAAAAAAAUUAUUCAAGAAACACACAUAAAACUAAACUUUUGUUCUUGUACUUGUUUUUGUGACUCGAGAGUCCUAAGCUAUGGCUGAGAAGGUAACGAUGAUGAAGUUGAAGGUAGAUCUAGACUGUUCCAAAUGCUACAAAAAGGUCAAGAAAGCUCUCCGCAAAUUUCCUCAAAUCACAGACGAACUGUUUGAUGAGAAGUCCAACACAAUCAUCAUCAAGGUUGUUUGUUACAAUCCUGAGAAGCUCAUGAACAAACUCUGCUACAAAGCAGACGGCUCUAUUAAGUCCAUCGUGAUCCUCGAACCACCUAAACCACCUCAAGCCCAGGCCCAAGCUUCACAGAAGCCCAAAGAGCCCGAGAAGCUUCCAGCUCCAGCUCCAGCUCCGGCUCCAGCCCCGGCUCCGACUCCUCAACUGGUGCCGAUGUGGCAGCCGUAUCAUUGUGGGCCGUACUACGAGGCCCAACAGUAUGAGUGUUACGGAAGGCCCAUUUACGAUAGCUGGGGAGGUGGGCGACAAUGUUGCCAUGAAGUCGCGAACCAACAAAGCUGCUCCAUCAUGUGAAAUACUGAACUCCCUAUAUAUUAUAGACUAUAUUCGGUAGAUACGAACAAAUAAAUAGACGAAGUUAUUUUUAAUUUUCUUCGUCGUCUUAUAGCUAAAUAUUUCUCUUUCGAGGCAUAUCAUCUAUAAUAUAUGUACACACUAUAGGGUUUUGUUUCUUUUUUAUAUUUAGUUUUGGUUAAACCUAUGAUAUAUAAGUAUAUAUAACUCUAAUCUUUUGAUUUGCUCUU